AUGGAAUUCGAAGAACUGCAAACCCCGAUGAGGGUUCUCCAAAGUAUAUUUCAUCAUAUUGCACUACCCGCAAAGCUACCAUCUGGCUCCGAAUCUUAUAUCGACGAGAUAGAACUUGGAAUAUUGGAUCGCCUUAUCAUUGCCGUCAAACAUAUGAGAGAUGUACAGCCGUACGUCAGUUGGCAAAUUUGGGACUCUAUCCGGAGGACGCUUUUGUUCUGCAAGACGCUUCAUAUGAGUCGGAGGCUGGAGAGAAGCCAGUUGAUCUCCCAUCUCAGAGGACUUGGCAACUCAGACCUGGUCAUACUCCAUGUAAAAGCUCAAAAUGCAGGGGUACUGAUUCACAAACCAACAGACCUAGAGUUUCGCGGAAAUAUCCUAUUUGAAACCUUCGAAGCCUCACCAAAGCGUGAAGAUGUUUUAGCAUCGCAAACUCUUUCAUGGAAAUUUCCGGGAACAGCUGUCUUAGUACCUUGUUCAGUGUUUUACGAAGACUCCUUUCUUGAAAAUCUCUCCGCCUUCCUCGAGCAAUCUUCUGUCGAGUCGACUCAAAAGUUCUCUGAAUAUAUCACCAAGGCAGGACGUGCGGUAGCAGAGGACAGAGAAACCCCUGAUCCAGCUUUGAUUACAUCAUUCUUCACGGCAUUCCUUGAGGCCAAUGGGAGGCGCAUCUCACCAAAGGUACUCUCCAAAAGAGUCAAAGACGAUGUUUGUUGGUUUGACCGUGAGUCUCCCUGGAGAAGGCUUCCUUAUUGGCUUGUUUUGCGUGUUUCCAUUGCACGUUACUUGGCUUUAAUGAUGGGCGGAAUACAUGGCAGAAUUCAAUACAAAUUUCUCAUGUGCCUGGUUCACGGGAUAGUCCUCAAUGACACUCAUGAUGCCAUCGAUCUAGAGGAUCAGGACUUCCUCAAGAGAAAGCUAUGCAGACGUCUCUAUAAACUUGACAGGGAUUGCCUGGGACAUUCAAAGGAUAUUCAAGAAUCAUGCAAACAGUUGACCGAGGCCUUGAUGCCUCAGUUAAACCGUAUAAUUGGAGCCAGUUCCACCAGAAUUGCCAGUGCAUGGGAUAAAGAACAGCCAAAGAUAACUAGAGUCAUCCCGCCAUUACCUAGACGCGCAAAAUCGGAAGAUCAACGAUUGAGUCUCACACUGAGCCGCGGUUACCUGGACCAGGCUAGAAACAGGUUCCGAGAUGCAGACUUAUACAGACGGCCACAAACUUACUCCAACGCACAUCAGUCUAAGGUACAUAUUCAAGCCUUCGGGAACAAACUCCUUGGUCUGUUUGAUGAAGAAAAGCAGAUUCGCGAUACUGUGGAUAACAUGGGCACAAGUCCCUUGAGCUUGUCGGCACGAGUCCGGAAACUACACGCAGCUAUUCUUCAUUAUAUCGAUAAAAUCGAGGGCCUUUACGAUAAUAAUGCUGAACAAAAGUCCAAUAUGAUCAUAACGGUGAUGGAAAUGUGGAAAUCCCUCGACGAUAUUGCCUGUACCUUGUUUCCCAUCUUGUAUGACUUCCAUCCCGUUUUUACCCCACGGUUGAUGGAAGUCCUUCAUCUCCCUCUCGUCCCCGAUGUUGCUCGAGUACGGAACGUCCAAUCGUAUAUUCAAAGUCGCAUCACUAGAUGUGGUGGAACCAGGAGCACUUUAUUUGAUGAUCCCGGAAGGGGGUGCUUUGCAGACAGAUACUUUGAUGAUUCGCCUGGUGCGGCCGCGGUAGCAAACCUCCUUGCCGAGAUACAAGCGACCUCCGCAUCGCAACGAGAGGAGAAGGAAAAGGAAUGGCGGGAAUUGAAUGGUGAAUAUGAGCGACUAACGAAGCAGUUUGAGUCGGCGACAUGCAUUUACGUUCCACAGUUCGAUAGCGAUUACCCAGUUCAUAACCCUCAUUCUUGUCCAAAGUGCCAACUUGAUAACCAAAGGUCUAGAAUGGUAAUCAGAGCCUUCGAGUCCCCAUUACCUGAGGAUCCCAUCAUGGCGAAGGCCGUGGUGUUUGAACUCAGAUGCCCAGAGACGCUUGCUGCUUAUCGAGAUGCUACGUGGGCAAUCUUGUAUCGAGUUGCAAAGGAAGAUCAGGGGCCAGGAGUCAACCCAAAGAUAUGCCUUCAAGAAUACGUGGGGCUGCAGCCAUAUUCUAAAGUACCCGGAACCAUAUCACUUGCGUCAACGAUCAAACCCUUCAUGAUGACACAUUACAAAAUAAGGAAAAGGUUUCCUGUUGAGCUAAGUCAAGUAUGUCUCCCAAAUGGACUGAACCGCUAUCUUGGAUACUUCGAUAAGGCUACCCAAUCAUGGCCUGGUCGUGAGAGAGUACCAUUCACCUUCGAGCACCACUGCAAAUUGAUGUUACCCAAAGGAUCACCAUUUUCAACGCUCUUUGAAUCUCCAAGCUUCAACGUUUACGGGAAUGGCCCAUCUUCUUAUGAAAUUACGGCAUCUUAUUCAUCUUGCCCCCCUGGCAUCAAUCCGCAUGAGUACAUGGGCUUCCAAUCUCUCCUAUCUGGCAAGCGUCGACGCUGGCUCACCAUUUUGACGGAGCUUGGGUCAUCUAAUAUCAAUUUGUCUACCCAAAUGGCCGUGCUUCUCUUUGAUCACCUGAUACACCAGACCGGAGCAGUUGACACUGGUGAGGAACUCUUUGGAUCUAUACACUACGUUUUCCGUGAUCCGUCCUUCUGUGAAGCCAUAUUGCGUCAACUCCGGGUGAAACUGGAUGGGAUUGCCUCCAACUGGCGUGAAACGCACUUGAUGGAAAUCGUCAUCAUGUUAGCAUUGCGGGUCGCCUCAUUUACAGCCUUAUUCACGGAUACCAUUUACUUGUCUAAGAUUGCCUCCAGUCUUAUCCUUGAUGCGAGGAGAUGUACUCUAGAGUGGGUAGAUGCAUUGAAGACGGCUCAGAACUGUCAAUCGUACCUACUAUGGGCUGCACUCCUUUGUAAGAGAACAUUUGCCUCUCAUGAGAUGGCAAUAAAUCAAGACUUCGAAAUGAGUGAGUUGCCUACAUUCCUGAAAUGUAGUGUAGCUGUCUACGAUAAUAUCCCUGAUAACAUUGACUCUCUGGGGCCGAUAUUGAAGAAGACCUACAUUCGCGACUUAAGAAUGAUGUACAAUUUGAAAAAUCAUAUACGCCGAUCAUUCAACCUAUCUGGAAACGUCGCUAUACUCAGCUUUCUACAAAAUUCGUGGCCAGGGGCCAAAUCUAAAUUCAUUAACUCCAUCACAUUCGAGACUGAUGACUGGAUGCAAAUUGAAUUGAACGAUUUCAAUGACAGAAUUGAUGUCAUCAAGUUCAACUACAUUUUUGGUAUUUUGCUGAUAAAUGGCGAGCCACUGGGUAAACUACCUACCGACCCUAAAAGUACCAUCAUCCUAGAGGAACUGUUUGGAAGCCAGACAAGCCUCAUGAGACACCCAUCCAAUAGUCCUGGAAUGACACAUGUGUUGGAUUUCAAAAAGGAAGGGUACGAAACUCAUAUUGGAUACGACGAUGGAAAGCUCAUCAUCCGCGCCAUCAAAGGCACACAAGUUCUAGAGCUUAUCCCAAGAGAAGUAUUCCGCAACGACAGUGAUUUUGACCUCCCUGCGCCUUUAUUAGACAAUUGCAUCCACUGGCUCGAUAUUGUAUCCGGGAUUCUCGAAAUCCGUCCCAAAACCAAAAACAUAUGGCGUUCACAUCCGCAGAACUGGAAGUUGGAUAUAGCAACAUCUAUAUGUUCACGAUUCACUCCAUAUACCAGAAUAAAAGAGACACUGGUGGAUCCCUACUGUCCAUUGUUCAAGCGCGUGUCGAACAUCUUCUCCUGGUUCGAGAAGCCUAUGCAUUUGACUAUCUAUCAGCCAGGUAUCCGCUAUUCGCUCACUGUCGACAUGCCACGUAUGAUCUUAAGAUGGUUUGUGAACCCAAAAUCGCUGCUGCAAUGUCAGCAUUUACGAGCUGAGAUUGAUCCAUCUCAAUGUAUUGGCACAUGGUAUGGAUUUGAUAGCAAACUAGUCUGUCGCGGUCUUAUGGAUCCUCAAGAGCAGUUUGUGCUUGUACCGCUAGGACCUCUCAAAGCGAGAAAAAGAGGAUGCCACAUUCAGGUGUGUGCCCAAUUGUCAGAUACAUCAUCGACAGUCGUUUAUCGCCGCUUCAAAGUAAACAAGACUCUUGGCCGGAUUGAUUGUGCUGCUGAGCCUGGGUUGGUCUACAAAAAAGCAGAGAUACACGCCCUCACUUCUUUCCUCUUGCCAGACCCGCUUACAGGCCUGACUGGAAUUGAGAGUUCUUUGGCCAUCUUAAAUUCUGGAAUAUCUCAACCGUGGUCACCCUUAACUGUCCUUCCCUCUACCAUUUUAUCCUCGAUUUCAAGGCUUUCUCCAAAACGGGAAUAUUAUCCCGAAAAGUCUAAAGUAAUGAAGAAGGAAAUAUGGGAUCAUCGGCUCCCCACGAUGAUCCAGCGGGAAGAGUUCAGUAUUCUAGUAGAUCAAAUUGUCUCGCAAUCUACCAGAUUAGCCCAGUUUCACUCACAAAAGAUGGAACCGGUGGAGUUCCCCUCAUCUGGAGAUACCCAUCUGAACAUUCGCGCCCUUCAUCGACGUCGCCUACACGAGAGAUCCAAUAACUACGACUUGGUAAUUAAGAAGCCACAAGACCAAAUAUACGAAUCCAGACAUUUUCCUAACAAUAUGAGUUUGAGAUACUCUAAUGUUCUGGAGGCAGUCAGUCUAAUACGCAACAAGCCUGUAUUCAUGUCUACCAUACGAGAUCUCGCACUGAACCUUUCACAGUCCCUUGAUAUCAAGGGUUACCAACAAACCUUUGAGAGGAUUACUCUUCAAGACCGUCUCGAUGUUGAUAUUCGGCAUGAAUGGGGCCCUUUGGUGAACAUGGUGAAAGACAUGCAGGAUCAGUAUAAGCUCAUGUUCUUCAUUGGCAUACUCUCGUUCCGGUCUGAUGCCAAUAUGCCCUUAAUUCGAAUAUUAAUUGCAUUUGCACAAUGGGAUAUGCUGAAAUCUUUAGUUCUCCCUGAUUGUGUAGAGUACCAUAGUUUCCGACCAGGCCAAGCACCACAACUCGACGUGCUUGUUAAGCUUAUCGAGCCCUUCCAAGCACCCCCUCCACAAGAUCCACCUCUGAUGGAAUAUGCGAGCAGCAGGGAGCAACGGAAGCGGUGGCAAGCUAGAACUACACACUACCAGAACGCAAAUGCAGACUGUAAAGACUUUGCGCAGUGCCUGAUAUCUGAGUGGCCUACCCCCAGCCCAAGCGGAAAGAAUUUCAACCCUGAUGCCAAUCAUGAUUUUCUGUUAGACUUGCCUGCGGCUCUGGAGAAUGUGCGUCGUGAGUGGGAUAUAUUAUACCGCAAUUACAAAUUCUGUAUGCAUCUUGAAGAAGUUCAGAAGGUUUUGGAUCAAAGACAUUCGGAUAUCAAGUUCCAAAAGCCUGCUUUUGUGCCAUCUGAUUUAACAUUUCCCAUUCAACAACCAGGCUAUGAUCUUCCUGGUCUUGGAAGCCAAUUGAUGAGAGUUUCUAUUUCCAAGUUCACACAAGCCCUCGCCAAAAGAUACUCGAAUCCACGUGGAAAGAAAGCCCAGCUACAUAUAGCCUCUGAUAAUGGCACUUCGACGUGGCCUUCGCAGCAGUUGAAACAAAUUAUUUGGGAAUUAUCUACAUCAAAAUCAGCUAUAAAACAGAGAUACGCCAGUGAUUUGAAUGAAAGUUUGGCUGUCUUGAAAAGUCGUAACUCGCGAAUAGCAACGGUCAUGGCAUCACCUCGGCAUACAAGUCACUAUACAGUUCUUGAACUUCAAAAGCUCAUUCGGGAUCUCUUCAAAGAGAUUGAAUCAGCACUACAACAGCCGACUGCUACGCAUUCUUGGCGACAGAUCACUUGGCUGCAAAAGGGGCAGCUGUGGCCUGCCAUAUCCCCGGUCGCCCUACUCGAACAAAUUCGAUCGACGGCAAACUGCUCGUUCGGUAGUGGAAUGAAAGAAACUAUUCUUCACUUUGCUUUAUCAAUAACAAACCUUCAAAGAGAAAUGCGUCUACAAUCUUAUUUGCUGUCGAAAGAAAAUGCUCGCUACGAAGAAGAGCUAGCGAACUUGGGCCAUCAUAACUGGCGCGUGGAAGAUUACCCAGACUGGCUCUUGCUCGAAGUUGAAUCCGAUUUACUCAUUCGCGAAACUCAAGUUGAAGUCGCAUUGGCCAUCACAAAUCCAGAGUCCAGGGCCAACAGUGUACUUCAGUUGAACAUGGGUGAGGGCAAAACUUCGUGCAUUAUUCCCAUGGUUGCGGUACUCCUUGCGAAUGGCAGAAACCUCGUAAGAGUCUCUGUUCCCAAAGCUCUAUUGCAACAGACAGCUCAACUACUUCAUGGACGUCUGGGCGGACUCGUUGGCAGAGAAACAUGCCACGUACCGUUCUCUCGAAAAACUUCCACAAAAGAAGACCACAUAAAGUUAUUCCAGAGAAUUCAUCGCGAUAUUCAGAAAAGGCAAGGCGUUAUGCUCUGCCUUCCAGAACAUCAAAUGUCGUUCAUGCUCAGCGGCCUCCAACGUGUUCUGGAUCAGCAAAUUCCAGAAGCCAGCUUGAUGAUUCGAGUUCAAAAAUGGCUCCAGUUGUAUGCUCGAGAUGUGUUGGAUGAGUCUGACCAUACACUAGCAGUCAAAACGCAACUUAUUUACCCCUCUGGAUCACAAAUGACCGUCGAUGGACAUCCUCAUCGAUGGCAAGUUGCCGAGCAACUUUUAACCCUCAUGACUCUGCAUCUGGAUGAUCUUGCCGUUAGAUAUCCCCACUCUAUCGAGGUUGUCAAACGUCCACAGGGUGGUUUUCCUUUCAUUUUCUUCCUUCGGCCAGAUGUGGAGAAUGAAUUGAUGAGACGCCUCAGAUAUGAUGUCUGUAUGGGUGAAAGAGGUAUAAUCCCAAUUGACUCGCUUGAGCCUGCUGACCGUUCAGCCAUCAAAGAAUUUUUAUCUGGCGGUAAAAUCCAAGAUUCCAUCCUAGACCGCAUCAAUCGCCUAUGUCCUGAUCGGCCCCACGUCAAAAAGACGGUUUAUCUGCUUCGAGGACUAUUCGUCCACCGGAUUCUGUUAAUGGUUCUCAAAAAGAGAUACGGCGUCCAAUAUGGUCUUCACCCCCUUAGAGAUCCCGUGGCGGUCCCCUUUCACGCAAAGGGGGUUCCAAGUGAGCAGUCUGAGUUUGGACAUGUUGAUGUGGCCAUCCUUCUGACAGCGUUAUCCUUUUAUUACCGUGGUAUCAGUGUAGAGCAAACCCGACAGGCCUUGGAAGCUGUUUUGAAAUCUGACGACCCUGCUGCCGAAUAUGAUAAGUGGAUAGAAGACGACGACUUCCCAAUGUAUCUCAGUGAUUGGCAUUCAGUCAACACUGACGACUCACGGCAAUUGACUCAAAUUUGGGGGUUUGUACGCUACAAAGUUUCUGUCAUCGAUUACUUUAUGAACAACUUUGUGUUUCCAAAACACGCGAAGCAGUUCAGGAUUCGAUUGCAGUCCAAUGGUUGGGAUAUACCUUUAUUCAACGUGCAGCAUGAUAACGGAACCAAUAGCAAGACACUGAGCACACGCAGAGCAUUAACCACUGGGUUUUCUGGCACAAAUGACAUCAAACCACUGCUGCCCUUGACCAUUCGACAAGAUGACUUGCCAUCAUUGGCACACACAAACGCAGAGGUUCUUACAUAUUUGCUACAGCCACGGUCUAGAAAUUACGAAAUAAUGGUUGAUUCAUAUCAGAAACGGAUCGAUGAAGAUCAAUUCUUAAAUGUGUUGAAACGACAUGACAUUCGCAUUCUCAUAGACUCUGGGGCACAAAUUCUUGAGAAGUCUAACAGAGAGCUUGCCGAAACAUGGUUGAAGGUAGAUGGCCGAGCGACUGUGGCAUUAUAUUUUGAUGGCGAUAGCCCCUGGAUCCUCUCCAAGCAAGGUGCGAGAACACCGUUGCUGGCUUCACCAUAUGCGGACAAUCUUAAUGAGGUUCUCGUAUAUCUAGACGAGGCUCAUACACGAGGAACAGACCUCAAAUUUGGACGAACAGCUCGUGCUGCUCUUACUUUAGGAUUAGGCCAGACUAAGGAUCAUACUGUACAAGCUGCGAUGAGAUUACGUCAGUUAGGCACGACGCAAUCCGUGGUAUUCUUCGCUCCGCCUGAAGUCAACCAGAGCAUUCGAGACUUGUGUAAUAAAAGAGAACAUGAGAAAGUAUCCUCUUAUGACGUAAUCCGCUGGCUUAUCAACAACACAUGCGAUGGGAUUGAACAGCUGCAGCCGCUAUAUUACUCCCAAGGCAUAGACUUCUGUAACCGAAUGCAAGCAGCAGACGACUUCCCAGACUUUUUGAAGGAUGAUGAUGACAGGUCGGGAUUCAUUGACGCUAUCAGGCAUAAGGAACGACAGAGCUUACAACAGCUCUACGGGCCUCAUGCUAAAGCUAAAGUUGAUGUGUCACUGAAAUCCAAUCCUCAAGUUGCGGGAUUCGUCCGAGAGCUUGAGAAUCGGAAGAAAUCUUUCCAAGACACUGGCCAGGCUGUUCAUGCCUCGGCCCUGCAGGAAGUUGAACAGGAGAGAGAGACGGAAAUAGAAGUUGAGGCUGUUCGACAAGUUAAAAAGCCAAUUCCAUGCACACCUCUGAAGUUCCCUGGCCUACACAGAGAUCUGGAAACGUUUGCUAGAACAGGAAGGCUUGGUGCUGACUCGCACACCUUCGUCCAUAUACUGCAGGCUCUCUCAAAAACCGCGCUAGGAAAAAAGUACAAAAUCAACCACGGGAAGAGUUCAUCGCAGCUAUUCGUUUCAUCCGAGUUUGAACGGACCGUGAAGCUGGUAUUUGAGUCAGCUAACGAUAACUUUCUGCGUCCUGUACAAUGGAUCCUCUACACUGCGUCCCCAGAGGUGGCGGUGGUGGUGACGCCCGAAGAAGCUGAGCUCCUAAUCCCAAUUCUCCGAGAAACGCAGAGGAGUCGAAGAGGCUGCAUAAGCCAUCUCAUGACCUACGCAGCACCAGUCACCAGACGCAUGAUGCACUUCAACCAAUUAAAGUAUUUUGCCAUGCCGCCUCUCCCCGAAGAUUGGAAUCCAUCCGAGUGGCUCACCACCGAGCUUGGAUACUUUGCAGGGAGGUUGUACUUCGAUUGGUCUGAGUAUGGUAGCAUAUGCAGGUUCCUCGGCAUUGACGUAUCGGCACCAGGGGUUGAUGAGCUCGACAGCUCAGAGGUAGACACGGCCGAGCCACAAUCCACCUCUGCCAAAGAUCAAAGCACCGAGGCAUUUUCCGCCCCAUCUGAUUCAUCGGAUGCCGCUGCCAAAAAGUGUCAACUGUCCAGUUAUCAGUCCAAACUUACAUCGAAGCCUUACACUUUCACGCAGGAGUAUCUAGCCGUUCGUCGGCGGGGACAGGACUUCACCCACACUCCCAUGGGAUUCUUGUGCAGUGGCAAAUUGUUGAACCAGUCCAGUCCAUUCUUCCGCACUGAAGACACGGCGCGGCCGGUGGGCCUAGUCCCCAUGGGUGGGGCGCAAGGCGACGACGCUGACGAGGAGUAUGCCGAAGAGGGAUUGGAGUUGGGCAAUCAUGACCCUUCAGCGGAGGUUCUGGAUGAUGAAGUGCAAAGGGAGAUUGAAUACGAUGAAUCCGAAUUGCAACGGGGUAAUGAUAGCGGGAUACAGCUCUCCGACGACGAGAGUCAGCCCUCCGUCAGGCAGCAGAGAAAGAUUCGUGCUGAGAAGAGGGCCACGUGA